CCCUGUAUAUGAUUCAUGGCUUCUUGAAAUCAUUACUCGCUCGUAGAUUCGUCGAAAAUCUAUGACACACAGUGACCAAAUAGUAUCCACCGAAGCAUCUUCGCGACGUAUUUGUACGUAGUAAACAAAUGUACCAAAGUGGUGGUGACCUCCCGUGGUAGAUGGAAUAUUUCCAGUUGAACCCGGCAUACUUUUACGAUUGCCGCUAAUUACAACAAACAGUCGUAGGAAUUGUUGCUUAGCGGAUAUCGGACUCGUCCGGUCUCGCCAGAACGCAAAGUACAAAGUUACCCCGAUGCUUCUGCGUGCUGCUCUGUUGUGUGACGUCGUAUUGUCUUUUAAUAGUCAUCCCCUGUGACCGGUUUUUCCGUCGUUAACGAGGCACCGUUGUACGUCGAGACGCGCCCUCGUCCGACCUUGAAACUUAUAAUCGUUCAUAGCGUUCGAUGUUCGAAACAUCGUCUGGAAAACUGUUAAUCGUGUUCCACAGGUUCGAUUCUUUUUGUUUCUUUCGGCGCCUCGUUAACGCGGAGCAACAGUGAAAUGGCGAAAAAGACGUACGAUCUGUUGUUCAAGUUGCUGCUCAUCGGUGACUCCGGAGUCGGCAAAACUUGUAUACUGUUUAGAUUUUCGGACGAUGCCUUCUCUACGACGUUUAUUUCUACCAUAGGUAUCGAUUUUAAAAUCAAGACAGUGGAAUUAAGAGGAAAGAAAAUCAAGUUACAGAUAUGGGAUACAGCUGGCCAAGAAAGAUUUCAUACCAUUACUACAUCAUACUACAGAGGUGCAAUGGGUAUUAUGCUUGUUUAUGACAUUACUAACGAGAAGACAUUUGAGAAUAUCGUGAAAUGGUUAAGAAAUAUUGAUGAACAUGCAAAUGAAGAUGUAGAGAAGAUGAUAUUAGGAAACAAACGUGAUAUGGAAGAUAAACGUGUUGUUAGCAGAGAAAGAGGAGAAGCGAUAGCAAGAGAGCAUGGAAUCAGAUUUAUGGAAACGUCUGCAAAAGCUAACUUCAACAUUGAACGUGCGUUUAGUGAAUUAGCUGAAGCAAUAUUAGAAAAAACUCAUGGAAAAGAACCUCAAGAUGCUCCUGAUAGAGUAACAGUUGAUCGAAGGGUGGAAAGAAGUUCCAAUCGGUGCUGCUAAUUUUAUAUUAUUUAUUUUAAUGGCGCAUAAUAAACUAUAUAUCAGCUCGUGCCACUCAAAAUAGAUUUGUGGAUAGAUUUAGAGCAUAAUUUAAAGCAUAAUAAUAUAAUUAAACUCUUCACAACACUGCCUAAUCAAAUUCAAUUGAACUCAUUUGAUGACAGUUAUGAUAAAAGAUGGUUCUUAAUGCUGUUUUUCACAUAUAUCAUUGUAUUUAUAAAUGUGUCUAUUGCAUGUAUACAAAAACAUUAUAGCUCCAUCAGAGUUUUUAUAAAUAAUAUAAGGAAUCGAUAAUAAGUACUGCUGAUGGAGCAUUGUUUUCCAUAUGAAACUCCAUGCAUUGUUGCACGAACAAAGUCAACUAGGAACAAUUUAUUUGUAACGAGGCUGAAAUUUGUUACCAUGAGGAAGCGUGAGAAUGAAUGUGGGCUUAUAAUUUUUAAAAUCUAUGUGAACAUUGAAUGCUUUUUCAUACGGACAUUGCACUAUAUAUGCUUAUUUACACUUUAAGUUGAAAUCUGAAAGCUUAAGAUUGGGAGCUCUUAUCCUAUUUGUGUAAGACUAAUUUACUACAAAUAUAAACAAUUCACGAUUUCGAAA